UGGACACUGUUGUGACGGCGAAACGUCGUCUCCCGGUGAACGAUAGUCCUGACAGCAGCGAAACAGUUAAUGGUAGUUAGCGACAGUUGCUCUGACAAACCCUUUGAGGAGUAACAAGUGUUUACUGUCCAGAAGUUUACUUUUAUUCUGCGAGAGUUUGUUUUUACAUUUUAACUUUCUUUAGUGAUUUCUGGAAUACGUAUAUUUUGUUUAAAUUUAGUUUGACGUAUUUCAACGAACUUUAAAGCUCAGUUUUGAGAACGAGAACACCAUCCAAAAUGUGCUAGAGCGGAUCCAUCGGAGCGGAACCUCAGGAUGACGGAGCCGAUGGAGCAGACCCAUCACCUGAAAACUUCAGGCAGUCCAUCAGGUGGGAGCAGCGUAGACGCGUUGGAGCAUCUCCCAGACAGAAGCCGUGCUAGACCAGAGAACGGCAGCAGGGGGCGCCAGAGAGACCAGAAGCACUGUGGAGACAUCCACACAGACAAGUUGUGGCAGAGGAAAGGCGGACCGAGGGGGGUGUGCCCUGCCUUAGCAGCCGGAAACGUGCUUCCAAAGUCCCCGAUUGCAGCUCAGCCUCACCAAAAGCCCGGUGUUAAUGUGGGGCAUGUCGGGGACAACAACCCACUGGAGAAAAACGGCGAAGACAGACCGCUGGAGGAGACUUUGAACCAGGCGCAGGAGGACAGUCACAUCGACUCCGACACCGGCUUCGAUGCGCGCCUGGGCAAGAAGCGACACCGGCGCAGGACCUCCAAGAAGAAGCGCAGCUGGAAGCCUUAUUACAAACUGAACUGGGAUGAAAGGAAAGCGCUGGAGGAGAAGGAGACGGCCCGGGCUUCCCGGUUGAGAGAGGAGAUGUUCGCCAAAGGGCUCCCGGUGGCCCCGUAUAACACCACCCAGUUCCUGAUGGACGAGCACGACCGAGAGGAGCCCGACCUCAAGACCGAGACCGGCGUCAGGAGGCCCUCGGGGGUCGGCAUCCGCAUGGAGGACACCGGCAGCGAGGAGGACCUGUUCGACAACAUCGAGGAGGACGACGACGACCACGGCAGCGGCGGAGGCAGCGACGGCAUCGGGAGACCCGGGAACGCAGGUGGGGAGUUUCUCCAGAGAGACUUUUCUGAGACCUACGAGAUGUACCACAUCGAGAGCCUGCAGAAUAUGACCAAGCAGGAGCUGGUGCAGGAGUACCUGGAGCUGGAGAAGUGCAUGUCCCGGCUGGAGGAGGAGAACAACCGGCUGCAGCGCGCCGCGGAGCCCGCGGGUCAGACGGUGGAGAGCUCCCUGGUCCGGCUCCAAGAGCUGGAGCUGGAGAGACUGAGGGCCCAGAACACGGAGCUGCUGCUGCAGAACCAGCUGCGCGAUGACAGGGGCCAAGUCGACACCAAUUAAAGGACACAAUUCACCUUUUCAAAAAGGUAAACUAUGGGACUAUUAAAAAAUAAAAAAGUCCGGUUUUUCUUCUUCCUGUAAUCAGUUUGUCUUUUGGACGGAUAGUCUGUUGCAUUGCAAUACUUUCCGUUUCUUUUCUAUUCGGACUGUAAGGAAGUCCAGUUUGUUUGUUUUUUCCAAGAAGACAUGUAAAUAUUUCAAAAAUAAGAUUCUUUUUAUAAAGAGAAUGUAUUUGACAACACGAUCAUAUUUUGUUUGUUCCAACUAAUAUGCUGUUCCGUUUUUCUGAAUUUAAAAAUCGUAUAUGUUGCAAUUUCCUCCCAACAAAAAUAAAUGACUUGCAGCUAAUUGGGUCAGCUUUCAAACACUGUUUUACAGAAGUAAUUCCAGAGUGAAUAUUUUACCAGUUGUGUGUUAACAAAGUUCAAAUAAAUUUUUUGAAAUUG